UUCUAAAAUUUGGACUUUUUCUAAAUUACUUUUUUUUUUCCUCAAACUCGGAAGACGCGAGGGUGUGGUGUACAGAUAGAUCUUUCUCCCACGCCCCACCCCUUCUCUAGAUUCGCUCUGCUCGAACUUCUCAAAAGACAUUUCGAGAUCAUAUAUUCAUCCCUCUCAUCUGCUGGAUCGAUCUCCCCGAAACCAAAUUUGAUUUCCACUUUCUCCCCCCAUCUCACGAGACUCGGAUCUCGCUACUAAGUAGAUGACUGGUUUAAUUGAAAUCUGAGAAAAUCCACAUCGCAGCUGGAUCGAGAUGGAAGAAGAAAGUGCUGUUGAGAUUCUGCAGAGGUAUCGCCGCGAUAGGCGUAAACUCUUGGAUUUCAUGUUGGCCGGUAGCUUAAUCAAGAAAGUCAUCAUGCCUCCCGGAGCCGUUACUCUCGAUGACGUGGAUUUAGAUCAAGUCAGUGUUGAUUACGUCAUCAACUGUGCUAAGAAAGGUGGAAUGCUCGAGCUUUCUGAAGCGAUUCGAGACUACCAUGAUCACAGUGGAUUGCCUUAUAUGAAUAGCGUUGGUACUGCUGACGAUUUCUUUCUGGCUACGACUCCUGAAUCUUCUGGCUCGCCUCCGAAAAGAGCGCCGCCGCCUAUUCCUAUAUUAACUUCUGCCUCAUCCUCGUCCAUCCCAACGAAUCCCGAGUGGUGCGAGUCACCGUCUGCGCCGCCGUUGAUGCGCUCGGAGUCUAUUGAUUCUCCGCACGCUCAAGAGCUGACUGUUGAUGAUAUUGAGGAUUUUGAGGAUGACAAUGAGGAAGUUGGUAAUUUCAGGAUCUCGAGGCGGACUGCUAGUGAUGCGGCUGAUCUUGUGCCUAAACUGCCAUCCUUUGCCACUGGUAUUACAGAUGAUGAUCUUCGUGAAACUGCAUUUGAAAUCUUGUUGGCUUGCGCUGGAGCCUCAGGGGGUCUCAUAGUACCAUCAAAAGAGAAAAAGAAUGAGAAACGCAGAUCUAGGCUGAUUAAAAAGCUUGGUCGCAAAAGUGAGAGUGUUUCUCAGUCUCAAAGUUCAUCAGGAUUGGUUUCUCUUUUGGAAAUGAUGCGGGGCCAAAUGGAGAUAUCUGAAGCCAUGGACAUCAGGACAAGACAGGGGUUGCUUAAUGCUCUAGCUGGAAAAGCUGGGAAAAGAAUGGACAGCCUCCUCGUACCUUUAGAAUUGUUAUGUUGUGUGUCUCGUACCGAGUUCUCUGACAAGAAAGCAUACCUACGUUGGCAGAAAAGGCAGUUAAACAUGUUAGCAGAGGGGCUAAUUAACCAUCCUGUCGUUGGAUUUGGAGAAUCAGGUCGUAAGGCAAAUGACCUGAAGAGUCUUCUGCAAAGAAUUGAAGAAUCAGAGUCUCUUCCAUCCUCAGCCGGAGAAGUGCAAAGAGCAGAAUGUUUAAAAUCUCUUACAGAAGUUGCUAUCUCACUUGCUGAGAGACCGGCACGUGGUGAUUUGACGGGUGAAGUCUGCCAUUGGGCUGAUGGCUAUCAUUUGAACGUCAGACUAUAUGAAAAAUUGCUUCUCUGUGUCUUUGACAUGUUGAAUGAAGGGAAGCUAACAGAGGAGGUGGAAGAAAUUCUUGAGCUUUUGAAAUCAACAUGGCGUGUUCUUGGAAUUACAGAGACCAUUCAUUACACAUGCUAUGCCUGGGUAUUGUUUCGGCAGUAUGUAAUCACUAGUGAACGAGGACUUCUGCGACAUGCUAUUCAGCAGCUGAAGAAAAUCCCUCUAAAAGAACAACGUGGGCCUCAAGAGCGCAUACACUUGAAAACCUUGCAGUGUAGGGUUGAAAAUGAAGAGAUAUCCUUCUUGGAGUCCUUCUUGUCACCUAUACGAAGUUGGGCCGAUAAGCAGCUGGGCGACUACCAUCUGCAUUUUGCCGAGGGUUCACUUGUCAUGGAGGAUACAGUUACAGUUGCAAUGAUAACUUGGAGGCUUUUGUUGGAGGAAUCUGAUAGAGCGAUGCAUUCUAGCUCUUCAGAUCGAGAGCAAAUUGAGUCCUAUAUUUCAUCUUCCAUUAAGAAUACGUUCACAAGGAUGUCACUGACCAUUGAUAGAUCAGACAGAAUCAAUGAGCACCCUUUGGCAUUGCUUGCUGAGGAGACAAAGAAACUUAUGAAAAAGGACUCUACCGUCUUUAUGCCAAUAUUAUCUCAGAGGCACCCACAAGCAAUUGCGUUUUCUGCAUCCCUUAUUCACAAGUUUUAUGGGAACAAAUUGAAACCUUUUCUUGAUGGUACUGAACACCUGACUGAGGAUGUAGUCUCUGUUUUUCCUCCGGCUGAUAGCCUUGAGCAAUAUUUACUGGAGCUAAUGACUUCUGUCUGCGGAGAGGAUACAAAUGGACCUUAUUUCAGAAAAUUAAUUCCUUAUGAGCUCGAAUCUCUCUCUGGCACAUUGGUUUUGAGAUGGAUCAAUGCACAGCUGGGAAGAAUUUUGAGUUGGGUGGAGCGAGCUUUUAAACAAGAGCAUUGGGACCCAAUAUCAGCUCAACAGCGGCAUGGGAGCUCAAUUGUUGAAGUUUUCAGGAUCGUAGAAGAGACUGUUGAUCAGUUUUUUGAGCUGAAAGUUCCAAUGAGAUCCAUUGAACUAAGCGCUUUACUUCGUGGUAUUGACAAUGCAUUUCAAGUAUAUACUAACCAUGUCAUGGAGAAGCUAGGUAGCAAGGAUGAUUUGGUUCCACCUGUGCCUGUUCUUACUCGUUACAAGAAGGAAGCAGCAAUCAAGGUUUUUGUUAAGAAGGAACUAUUCGAGUCAAAACUGCCGGAUGAGAGAUGGUCGACUAACAUUGAUGUUCCUGCAACUGCUGUCCUUUGCGUUCAGCUCAAUACUUUACAUUAUGCUGUUAGUCAAUUGAGCAAGUUAGAAGACAGCAUAUGGGAGCGAUGGAUAGCAAAAAGACCUCGCGAAAAGAUUGUCAUCAGAAAAUCUUUGGUUGAGAAAACUAAGAGUGUUAACCAGAAGGAAUCUUUUGAGGGGAGUAGAAAGGAUAUCAAUGCAGCUCUGGACCGUAUUUGCGAGUUUACUGGGACUAAGAUUAUCUUCUGCGAUUUAAGGGAGCCAUUUAUUGAGAAUCUGUACAAGCCAAGUGUUUCUCAAUCAAGACUGGAAGCAUUAAUCGAAGCCCUUGACACGGAACUUGGACAACUAUGUACUGUCAUAAUGGAGCCAUUGAGGGAUCGGAUAGUCACAAGCCUGCUUCAAGCAUCACUUGACGGAUUGCUUCGCGUACUAUUAGAUGGUGGCCCGUCUCGUGUGUUUCAUCCAAGCGAAUCAAAGCUACUAGAAGAAGAUGUAGAGGUCUUAAAGGAAUUCUUUAUUUCUGGCGGGGACGGACUUCCGAGAGGAGUCGUUGAAAACCAAAUCGCCCGUGUUCGUCUUGUUGUAAAGCUACACGGAUACGAGACACGAGAGCUUAUCGAUGACUUGAGGUCUCGAAGCAGUUUAGAUAUGCAGCAAGGAGGAAGAGGCAAACUUGGAGCAGAUACUCAAACACUGGUGCGAGUGUUGUGCCACAGAAACGAUUCAGAGGCCUCUCUGUUUCUUAAAAAGCAGUACAAAAUCCCCAAAUCCCACGCCUAAUUGAUAUGCUUUCGGUUAUUGGUGCGAGUUACUUUCUUUUAGUCUUUGUUCAGUGACAAAAAAAUACUUUUGUAUAAACGAUUGAUUUUCAGAAAGCACAGGCUGUAGAGAAGUUACAUUUUUACUUUUACCUGAGCUUUUUAUGUGUCUUUGCUACAAUACAAAUGUUUUCUUUUCCUGUUGAAAUGUAUUUCACUGCAAACGCAUAUUUUUCAUUUAAUUUUAUUCAAAAA